AUGCCAUACACAGCUCCGCUCAAGUUGUCGCCGCCCGUGCAGCACAUUGAAGCUUGCAAACCGUCCUCCCAGUCCUGGCCAGGGUCGCCCACCGUGGAUUCCAAACACUCCCGGCUCCAUCUCCCUCGCUCUUACUCCUCCACCGCCUAUCUGCGGAAACACCGGAGAAGUCCGUCUCACAGUAAGGUACUGACUUCCCCCGAUCACGCCAUCAAUCAUGGAGUCGACUCUCUAUCAAGCAUCCGGCAGUCCCCGCCGCCGAUAACGGAUGCUUCCAUGCCCCCCGGUGCCUUGAUGUCGCCCCCGGAAUCUCCAGCGAACUCGAGUGAUGAGGAGCCCGCGUCCCCUCGUCAACAGAAGGUCCAGAUGAAGGAGCUCAAGGAGGCAGUGAGGUCGAUUGAACAGAGACGGGUCCCCUCCCCGGAGAGAGAGCCACAGCAAAUCAACCCGUCGUCGAACACGAUGGCAACCCCAAAUGACACCAGGAGCCCCUCUCACCCGCCCCUCUCAAGGGAAGCCCGCAAGAUCUCUCACUCGAGGUCCGUCACGGAGACGUCUAUCGUCCAUCACCAAGAACAAGCGGUGACCAGCUCGCCGGAGGAUAGCGAGAGGGAGGAUGAGCCUCGAGUGAAGCAGCCAAUGCUACGCAAGAAGUCAGGAGAGCUCGUGAGACCAGCAUUACGCACACCUUCUUCCCUACGGCGUCCGUCGAGCAUGCCCGGGACACCGACCUUCUCGAAAGCUGUCCAUUUCGAUGCUCAGCUCGAACACAUCCGCCAUUUCUUGCAACUCGACAAGCCGCAAGCCGUCAGUGCAAACACGUCCCCCAUCGAGGAAUAUCAAACCGACGAGUUCCCUUUCCCAACCAAAGCCCCACGGGGGCCGUCGUUCGAAUGGGAAUUGCGGCUGGAGAACUUCCCCACCGAUCAGUCUUCCCGAGCUCUGCAGCGGGUUCGACUAGAACGUCUUUUCCUUUCGUCAGACAAGACCACCCUGGUUGGUGUGGUGGCCGUGGCCAACCUGGCCUUCGAAAAGCACGUCGCCGCGCGCUUCACUUUUGACCACUGGAGGACCAUCUCCGAGGUGACUGCAGAGUUUAACGACGAUGUACGUCGAAAGAGGGUUCAAGACGGAUAUGACCGGUUCUCCUUCGGUAUCAAGCUAAACGAUCAAACGCACCUGGAACACAAGACGUUGUUCAUCUGUGUUCGAUACAAUGUCUCUGGCCAAGAGCUCUGGGACAACAAUGACCACAAGAACUACCAGGUGAACUUUGCUCGCGUGGCGAAGGAUUCAAAUGUCUCCCAGGGCCUUCCAGUUGCGCGGCCUCGCCCAUCACUUCCGCGAAGCAAAACGUUUACCGGCUCUGGCAAUCGCCACUCCGCCCCUUCGACAUUCGAUGACUUGUCCAAGGAUGGCUACUUCUCGUUUGGUGAACCGCCGCAGAAUAAAACCAACGUCUUGGACGAGGUGGUGCGCGAUACCGACGUAGUCACGCCCAUUCGGCGCGAAAAACCGGGAUCUCAGGCGUUCAGCAACCGCUAUGACUUUGGAGCAUCUUUGACUGCUGCGAUGCGAACGAAGCCGGUUCAUGAUCGCACAACAUUAACCACACGAGCAAAGUCCGCAGGACCCUCUGAUACGGGGGCACAUGAUCCCGUUCGGGCGCCAGGUCGGGUCCUCGACAAAGCCUUGCCAGUCAACAAGGUGAACCAAGAGGUUGCCCGCCCAGAGCCUGUGCAGCCUUCCUCUCUUCUAUCCAGCAAACCCCACCAUGAAUCGUCGGUGUAUAAAGAGCUCGUGGAUCGAUAUUGUUUCUACGGCUCCCCAGAAUACACAUCAGGUGGCACCCAGCCGGUUCCCUUCCACGCCAAUGACUCCCUGCGGCAGAAAAGAAAAGACAUCCCCAGUUCCCCCAGCAUCUCAUCCCACUCUUCGGCGUCCUCGUCUCCAAAUCACUCUCCGUCCAUGGAUGUCACUCAUCGGGUCCCCACUUUAUCCUCUCCGAAGCCGUUCGAGUACCGAUAUCCGCAAAACAACUUCAUGAAAGAAGCACAUACACCGACUGUCAUUCGAGGAUAG